CUAUUUAUAGCAUCUGCGGUUGCGAUGUGAAGAUUUGUUGCAGAGUAAUUUGACGAGAGCGGAAGAAGAAGAAGAAGGAGAAGGAGAAGACGCAGACACAGCUCUGUGUGCUCUCGACCUUAAAGGAGAACCUGUUGAAUAAACAACCUCUACACUGAGAUUAAGGGCAUGUGGGGAAGGGAUUGGGACACAGCCCUUGUAAACGAGGCAACCGGGAGAUCUCUGGUAAGUCCCCUUAAGAGAAAGCUGAUCAUGUAGAUUUGGUGAUUAUUAGGGAUGGACACACAGAUGUGUGUGUGUGUGUGUGUGUGUGUGUGUGUGUGUGUGUGAGUGAUAUAGAGAGAGAAAACAGCUUGAAACUUGAGGGAGUGUCUGUUUCCGGCUCUCUACUCGUUGGCAUGCAGCUGUCAGAUCUGAAAUAAAUAAAUAAAUAAAUACACACAUACUAAAAAUGUGUCUUAAACAGCAUAGCAACACACAGCCACAUUCUCUAACAUAAAGUUUUAUAUCAUUCAUGUAAUCCAGGUCACAGUUUUCUUUCUUUCUUUCUUUUCUUUCUUCCUUUUUUUUUUUUUUUUUUUUUUUUUUUUUUUUUUUUUUUUUAAACUGUUUAAUGUUUUUAGGUUUACACCAGCUGCUCCUGUGAGACUGUAUCCAUAAUACAUAUUCACACAAGGGUUUCCAGAUCAAAUGAUCUGUGUCUAAUCAUGUCCCGGCAAACUAAACAAAAUCCCAACUAAAUGAACUAAUACCUGUCAGCACAUUGUUAUAUGUUUGCACACCAUCCAACAAUGGGAUUAAUAAUCUCCCAAUUUGUAGAGCCACAAUCUGGCAACCCAGACUGUAUGGAAACUUUUGAGAAAGCACCGGAGUAGUGUGUAAUUUUUCUCUGUUUUGGGUGAAACCACAAGAAAAAGGGGGAAAAAAUAUGCUCACACAUGACAACGAGGACAGAUGUUGAUUCUUCGGGGAAAUACAACACAGUAUUCGGUUCUUAAAAUGUGCAGAAAGGUUUGAGAUGUGGUCAUGUUGUACAAAAGAGGUAUUGUUGUCGUGUUCCAUGAUCGAUCUGUGCAGUGACACACAUUAGGUAGGAGUCUAAUCUCUAAAACCAAAGCGUCCGAAUGAAGGUCAAAGAAUGCUUUAUUUGUUUAUUUAUAUAACAAUCUAUUAUUUGUUAAAAGAAAAAAUAUCCACCCUGAAUGACAUGCAUAUCAGUAUUUAUAAUCAAUAUGUUAUCGUGAGGGGGCACAGUGGCUUAGUGGCUACCACAUUUGCCUCACAUUUCCGGGGUUGGGGGCUGGAUUUUGGAAUCCUGCCUCUGCCCUGUGUCCGCAGAGUUUGCAUGUUGACCCCAUGCUUCGGGGUUUCCUUUGGGUACUCUGCUUUCCUUCCCCAGUCCAAAGCCAUGUGUUGUAGGCUGAUUGGUCUUUCCAACUUGUCUGUAGUGUGUGAAUGUGUGUGCGAUUGUGCCCUAAGAUGGGUUGGCCCCCCGUCCAGAGUGUCGGGUGUGUAGGAUAAGCGGUAUGGAAAAUGGAUGGAUGUUAUCUUGAAUUAUGUGAAAUUUUUUCUUUGGUUAAUUUGGUUAUUUGCUCUACUUAACGAGAGCAAUUCAGCAGUGCUUUAAUCUCACCUCCUCAUCUGUACACACUGCUCAAUCAGAUAAGGUUCUAAAGCAUCAACUUUCAUGGUAUUACCACCUCUCAAUUUCUUCACACUUAUCAUCUCAUAGAUUGCUAACUAGCCACAACUCAGUUCAACUGUGUCGUAUAGCAUUGCAUAUUAAAGCUUGGAGUCUGACAUCUACACUACUUCUACGUUGGAUUUCUCAUUAAUACGGCACUGAACAUCACAGGAAAUUGGUGAGUGAGAACAGAAGCUCUUUUGGCUUUAGGAUCUAACAGCAAAACUUGCCUGUUUUCCUUUAUGUUUUUUGAUUGUUUAAUUUUUUUCUUCUAUUACAUGCUAUUCUAACUGCGCUAGCAAUGUCCUCCUAUGACAUCAGAGCAGAAUAUGACCAAUAACAUCUCAUGGGAAUGAAGAAAAAUACAGCUUCAACCAAUGAAUUAGCACCAGAACCACUAAAUACAUCACAAUACGUUAGUAAAAAGACAUUUCAUGUGUUUCAGCAUGGAGAUACCUUUAAUCAUUAUUCUAGUCCAUGCAAGAGAUCCAAUCACUAAAGGUGUAUAUUUAAAAGGUUUACCAGAAGUGCCAGAUGAAAGGCAAGUCAUUUUGGCCAACAAUGCAUUUCAGUCUGUAAUGCUUCACUGUUGUCUUUUUUCAACUGGAUUAUGAUAUGUUAACGAUAUGAGAGCUCCCCGGCAUUAGCUGAUACCUGAUUUUGAUCCCAUACUAACAUUCUCUCGGAGCCUAGUCUCUGCUAGCUUCUACUGUUACGUUUGUGUCUUAGGUUCCAGUGUAUGACUUGAGUUGUGUCAGUCAACAUCAUGCACAUUCAUGGGACAAAAUAUGUCAGUGGACAUUGAUUGGAAAACUUGUCAGACCAGCCCAGUAAAGUUAUGAUUAUCUUAUCUUUUAGAGAGAGUGUUCAAAGUUAUGCUUAACACUGAACUUUGUCUUGAAAUUCAGACAACACACACACAUAGCCACAACAUGCAUGCAUUGCGACCCAACAGUGUCACUUGCAGCUCGUUUACUAUUCAUGCCACUGUUAAUGUCUUCUUGUUGGAGUAUGUAUUCAGUUGCAAAUUUUAGUUAGUCAUGUGUUAACAGCUAAACAACACGCAAAAAGAUGUAUCAGUUUUUGUAUUGCAUAGCUACACUGUGUAGAUGAAUUAAAUCAAUACAAUACAGCACAAUACAAGACUGAUGGAUAUAAUUUCAUCUCAUAAAGCAUCUCAAUAUAAAGCAUCUCAAACUGUAACUCAUACAUUGGACAUAAGGCUGGCUGAAAAAUCAAUCAAAAAAUGUUUUUUAUCUUGAUGGGCUUUUGAGUGGGGCAACAGAAAAACGUUCAUCCUGUAGUUGGGAAAUCAUGAGUUUGAAUCCCAACAUCCCCGCAGCAAAGGAGCCAAGGGAGCACAGUAGCCGUGCUCUUUGAGUAGGAGGGAUAGAAUACUCUCUAUCUCCUGUCAAUCGUAACAAUACUAUCCACUCACGAGCAUCUGUGAGCUCAUGAAUGCAGAAGAGGAUAGAUAGCACUUUCCUCAGAAUGUGUUACUCUGCCCAGUGAUUCAGAAGUUUGAAAAGAUGCGAUUGGCUGACUUCACAUAUCUCAGUGAACGCACACUUUAGCCUUCACUCUUUCCGGUAAGUAGGGGAGAGGUGGCUGGUGGGUGGGAGUUGACAGGUGUCCAAAUUAGAGGGAAAAUGGAGAAAGAAAAGUUUUGACUUCUUCCAAUUAGCAAGCAAUGUUGUUGCUUUUCAGACGUGAAUUGUGCAUGCUGUGUCAGUCUUAUUUGGGAAUGAGUGUGUGGAAAAUCAUUCCUAAUUCUAUACAGAUCCAAGUUUUCCUUUGUCAAACUGACUCAUUAUCCAGCAUGAUCUCUGAAGUCAGAUGCCAAGGCAAGGAUAGAAAGUAGCCUAAAAUAUGUUGAUCUUUUCUUAAAGUGUAGAUGUCAAAGUAUAUUAUUGGCAGACAAACUCAUUUUUCUUCAGAAUUCAGCCACAGCGACAUCCGUUGGGUUUUUCCUGGACUGACACACAUAUAAUUGCAAUACUGGAAAUUCAGAACUUUUUUUUAACUACAGCAAAAACGACAACAACAAAAAUUGCACAUUUAAUUACACAUAGGUUUUUACCAAUAAAAGCCAAAUGCCUUCAGUAGAUUUUGAUUCACUUUUAUUCUCUUUAAGUCUCUUAGUUCUGCAAGACAUUUUGCUCAGAGCGAGAACGCUGAGUUUCAGUUCAUCGUGACGUAAUAUUUAGGUCCCUGUCCUGGGUGCCUGUGAGAGUGAGACUUCUUUCCGAUUCCCUCGCGAAGUAAGUUGAAUGUGAAGUGGAAUUAGGAAGGAAGGAAACACAGUGUUUCCUCACAUUGUGCAGCGCGGGAAGGGCCGGCCAUUGCCCGGUGACAGGCGUUUCCUCCACAUUCACACUCCGGGGUGGAGACUGUUCUCCCGGCACAGCUGGUGUCAAGAGUGUGUCAGUGGGUCAGUGAUCACUUCAACAUAGAGACUUGCCUCCUUUUUUAGGUCUAGCUGUUGCUAUGGCGACCAGCGCUGUGCCUAGCGACAACCUCCCCACCUAUAAGCUGGUGGUGGUGGGUGAUGGUGGUGUGGGAAAGAGCGCUCUCACCAUCCAGUUCUUCCAGAAAAUCUUUGUGCCUGACUACGACCCAACCAUCGAGGACUCCUACCUGAAGCACACCGAGAUCGAUGGCCAGUGGGCAAUUCUGGACGUACUGGACACAGCAGGCCAGGAGGAGUUCAGUGCCAUGCGUGAGCAGUAUAUGAGGACUGGAGACGGCUUCCUCAUUGUGUUCUCUGUCACAGACAAGGCCAGCUUUGAGCACGUUGACCGAUUUCACCAGCUCAUCCUCAGGGUGAAGGAUCGAGAGUCCUUUCCCAUGAUCCUUGUAGCUAAUAAAGUGGACUUGGUUCAUUUGAGGAAGGUGACGAAUGAACAGGGCUGUGAGAUGGCUGCCAAACACAAUAUCACUUACAUCGAAACGAGCGCUAAGGAUCCUCCAAUGAACGUGGACAAAGCCUUUCAUGAACUGGUCCGAGUAAUUAGACAACAAGUACCAGAGAGGAAUCUGAAGAAAAAGAAGAAGAUGAAAUGGCGAGGAGACCGAGCUGCUACUUCUCCCAAACUCCGCUGCACUAUAUUGUGACCGCCUGCUACAGCCGCUCAAUGCAGAACGGUUUCUCAGCCUCACAGAGCUGUGACUGGCAGGGAGCACGAAAUGAAAAACAGCCAGGCCAAGGAGAAGCUGACAAGACAUCUGAAAAGGUUAACAAAGAUGCAGCUGUUUUGCACACGUGCAGAGACGAGUGGAGGAGAGGCUGUUGGCGUGCAGACGUUCAGUACUUAUCUUCACUUGAUUAUUACAAGUGCAAAGGGUGUUGGCUGCCCUCCAAGUGCUCAGUGGGAGUGGACAGUAUUUUGCCUUAUCGCUUUGCAUUUCUGUACUGAGAUGGAGUAUUCAGUUGUAGCUUGGCCAAAGAAAACGAGUCAUUAGCACCGAAGAUUGGAAGAAUUUGGGAUACCUCCUCAACAUGGCCUUUACUGUUAAGCACAAAUGUACAGGUGUGACUGAUAUGGACCUUUUUGCACUUUGAUAUUUGGUAUCGCACAAAUAUCAUUUCAUGUGGUCGACGUAUUAAAGUGAUAGCAUUUCUGCCUUUGCUGAAGGCUUUGGUAGUAAAUGGCUAAAAAUAUAUGAAUUAUGUUGCACUUAUGUAGGCUGCUCAUUCAGUUUUAUUUUAAUUUCCUUUUUUUUGUAUUUUUAAACCUUGCUGUCUCUUGUUGUAUUAAGGAUGCAUUUCUUAUUCUGUUUUAUUUCACAUCAGCUUUUAGCCGCACUAACAACUUUCAAAUGUUGCCCCCUACUGUAAACUCUGUGGUGGGGGGCAUAUUUUCUUUUUCCAUCUUUUAUUAUCAGACCAGCUUAAACAUGUUAGGAAAUGUUUGCUUUUAUUUGAAUUUUUUAUUUAAGUAAUUGUCUCAUACUUUAAUGAGUUAAAUUUACUUUAGUCCAAAUAAGUCCGGUGCAUGAAGGAUAUAUAUCACUUGUGCACAGUCAGCGACUGAGAUUCUGUGCUAGUGACACUGAAGGUUGUUAUUUCAAAUCCCACGGCCAGAGAGCAACUGGAUUUGAUUUUGUUUUACUCAAGUCGAUAAAAGCAUCCACCAGAAGUGAUGCUGCUGUAAUACUGCCACACUACUCCUCUGAAUUAGGGACCCAAUAGGCACACAGAUAUGAAGAAUUAUGCUCAACACAUGUUAAAUCAACGGCACUGUAGGAUGAUGUUGAGUCUAAAUAUGGAAAAUGAAAACAUAUGGGAUCAAAUCACAUUACAUUGAAAAUUUAUUGAAUGUUUUUUAUUAUUAUUUAUUUUUUCCCCCCAAUGUUGUUGGACUUAUAUAUUCUGUAAACCUUUAUGGCUAAAAGCAGGAAGUUGACAUGCAACAUACAUUUGAGAUUAUACCAGGUCUAAGUGAUGGGUUAUAACAUCAUCUCAGAGGGAAACUUCCUGUCCUUAAGCUCACCUUUCUCAGUAUCAGCAGGAGCUUCAGGAGCAGUAUUUAGGAAAUAUAAGCCUUGUGCUUACACUUCUUCUGCUUCUUUUUCUUCUUCUUCUUCUUCUUCUUCCUCUUCUUCUUCUUCUUCUUCUUCUUUUGUUUAAAGGGGUUUUAGGGGUUCUUUGAUAGUUAAGAGUCCAUAAGAGGGUUAUACUUGAAACUCUGUUUACUCAACAGAGCUUCAAUAAUGAAUGAAAUUUUAUAUGAGUUUUUCCAGAAGGACAAACAUGAGAAGACUUUAAGAGUUCCAGAUUUAACCUUGUUUUAAAGAGUGUAUUGUCUUUGAUACGUGGUGUGAGGCACCAAUCCCUGAGGGGACCCAAAGACUCCAUGCGUUAACAUUAUAACGAAUGGCCAGUGUUUACAUUUAAUGUUUAUAAUGGGACAGUGAAGUGAACAUAAAGAUCAUAUGACUAAUGUAUGAUGUAAUUACAUAUUUGUGGGCACACAAACCUUGUAUGUUUUCAUUGUUGUGAAUAAGUGAGGGUUAAAAUUGUGACAUUACUUGUAGUGUUGUUAAAAGAACUGAGAAUCUUUAGGUGUACAAAUAAAUUUGAUUGCUCCCCACUUUCAUACAGUCAUUUUAUUUAAACAAAUUGCCAUGUAUUACAUGUUUGUGUUCAUAUUUCCGUAACAAAUGCAAUAUAAACUAAGACCUCCUCUGUUUUGCGAGACAAUAAACUGUUGUAAUUCCUCCAUGGAUUUAUUACAUGUAGGAAACGAUUGACAAGCACAUCGUUUCUCUCCAUCUUCACAUUUUCCAAUAAACUCUGGGGAUCCUAUCUAAAUGUGUCUUUCAUCACCUCUGCAGUAUUAAAAUUAUACUUUGACAUACUAUUAAACACAUACAACCUUGCCAAAAGAAAUUCAGAGAAGGUGCUAUUGUGCAUUGUUUGUUACAUGUUAAAUAUGUACGCAGUGAUUUAAGCAAUUAUGUUUUGGUACAUCUGUAUUGAGGGUGUAUUCAUUUUGUCAAUUUUAUUUUCCCAUUCCUCUUUAUUUAUUUCACUUCCUGUUAUUCCUAAUAAAAAAACUCUUAAUGAUCA